GGAAACAACAUGGAAGAAGUUACUUCCUAGCCUGAGGCCCACUCUCAGUCAGCCCCUUGCUGUUUUUCCACAGGGCUUGUGGCCCAGCCCUCCCUCAGAGCCACCAACACAGAACCACACUCUGUGGCCAUGACCUGCUUCUCAGAUGACCCUGGAAUCUCCAUCACGUGGAUCCUCAAUAGCCAGACUCUACAGCUCACAGACAGGAUGCAGCUGUCCCCGGACCACAGGACCCUCAGCAUAGACCCCGUCAGACAGGAGGAUGCAGGGGAGUAUCAGUGUGAAGCCUCCAACCCCGCCAGUUCCACCAGGAGUGACCGCUACAGACUGGCUGUGAUCUCAGAAGAGAGGACCCCAGGCCUCCCUGUGGGGGCCGUCGCUGGCAUCGUGACUGGGGUCCUGGUCGGGGUGGCUCUGGUGGCUGCUCUGGGGUGUUUCCUGCUCCACACAAGAACUGGAAGGGCCAGUGUCCAGCUUGGCCUCAGAGACCACCGCACCCCAGCAUCAAGACCCGGCCAAGGUCCCUCUGACACUUCCACCUCCCUGGUAAGUCCCCCCAGCUGUCUCUACACAGGGGACUAGCUCUGCAGUCUCAGGGCAGGGGCACUGUCAACCCCCACACAGCACAGACACCCCCACUCAUGAUGGACCAGGACAGGGUUAGCCUGGCCCUGGCCAGAGACUUGGCCAAUCUCAGGGACAGGACCACCAUCACUCUGUCU